AUGGGUGGUCCCAAUGGCGCAGAUGAGCGCGCAGAGGAUGGUGGAGGAGGCAAGCCCUACGAAGGACCUGACAACUGGCUGGAGAAACCUGAGUCCACCGCAGAUCUCGACUCGCGCCAUUUAUCUAAGUCCCACUUUGCACGUUACGGUUCUGAGUAA